AUGUCUCCUGAAAAGGUCGGUAUCAAGGCCCUAGAGGUCUAUAUCCCUGGUCAAUAUGUUCACCAGGGCGAGUUAGAAAAGUAUGAUGGUGUUUCUACCGGUAAAUACACCAUUGGCUUGGGUCAAAAAAACAUGGCUUUUGUCAAUGAUCGUGAAGAUAUUUAUUCUAUGGCUCUUACUGUCUUGAAGAACCUCAUCAGCAAAUACAGCGUCGAUACCAAUAAUAUUGGUCGCUUGGAGGUGGGUACAGAGACUUUACUGGACAAGUCGAAGUCAAUUAAGACUUUCUUGAUGCAAUUGUUUGGCGACAAUACCGAUGUUGAAGGUAUUGACACGUUGAAUGCUUGUUACGGUGGUACCGCUGCUGUUAUCAAUGCUAUCAAUUGGGUUCAGUCCGAUUCUUGGGAUGGAAGAGAUGCCAUCGUUGUUUGUGGUGAUAUUGCCAUUUACGACAAGGGUGCUGCCAGACCAACUGGUGGUGCAGGCACUGUGGCUCUUCUAAUUGGCCCUGAUGCUCCGAUCGUUUUUGAUCCUGUUAGAGGAUCAUACAUGGAGCAUGCAUAUGACUUUUACAAGCCUGAUUUCAACUCUGAAUACCCUUACGUUGAUGGUCACUACUCUCUGGCUUGUUACGUUAAGGCAGUUGACUUCUGUUAUAAAGCUUACUCCAAAAAGGCCAUUGCUCGUGGCUUAAGUGAAUCCAAGGGCUCCACUGUCGGCUUGGACUACUUUGACUACAAUGCCUUCCAUUCCCCAACCUGUAAGUUGGUUAUCAAGUCCUAUGCCAGAUUGAUGUACAAUGAUUACUUGGAUAACACUGCAUUGUACCCUGACUUGGACCCUAAAGUUUUCCGUGACAUUCCUUACGAGAAGUCUCUAGUUGAGAAGGCCAUUGAAAAAAAAUUUAUGGCUCUAUCCAAGGAGAAGUGCAUCGAACGCGUUAAACCUUCGCUUGAGUUGCCAACCAACAUCGGUAAUACCUAUACCGGUUCUUGCUGGGGCUGUCUCUCUUCUCUUUUGUAUUACGUUGGUAAUGAGAAGUUGCAAGGAAAGAGAAUUGGUCUUUUCUCAUACGGUUCAGGUUUAGCAGCUACUCUCAUGUCCAUGAAGGUUGUUGGUGACAUUAGCAAGAUCACCAAGAUUCUUGAUAUUCAAAACAGAUUGGACAGCAGACUCGAAAAAUCUCCAAAAGAGUACGAGUCCGCCAUUGAAUUGAGAGAGAGUGCCUAUAUGAAAAAGCCCUUCAAGCCUGUUGGGGAUACAGAGUACAUUCCUGACGGAACUUAUUAUUUAAAGGAAGUUGAUGACAAGUUCAGAAGAACCUACAGCUUGAAAGGUGAAAAGAAUUAG